GAGUAGCAACUACUAAAGCGAGGACCUUUUAUUGUGGAAUUGAGGAUACAGAUUCAAAGACUCGAGCUUUCUCAAGGAAUCCCAUACCCAGUCGAAACUCGAGAUGCUGAAAAUGAUGGGAAAAGCGUUUGGGAGAAGAGGUAUGCCAUUUCUUUACUCUACUCCCCUUGUUGUUGUUGUUGUUGUUGCUUCAUUUCAUUCUCAAUCGAAGGCAACCAAAUCCUCAAGGCUCAAAGUGAGUAACGUUGAGGAUGCUUUGAAGGUGUUCCAUCAAAUGCUUCACUCCCGUCCUCCUCUGCCUUCUUCUGUUAUCCCUUUCACUCAGAUACUGGGUCAACUUGUCAAAUUCAAACACUACUCGGCUGUCAUCCCUCUCUUUAAACAAAUGCUUCUCUCCGGAAUUGCUCCUAAUCACUACACUCUUUCUAUUAUCAUCAACUGCUAUUCCCAUUUGAACCAAAUGGGCUUUAGCUUAUCUGUCUUUGCACAAUUCUUCAAACUGGGUCUUCAACCAGACGUCUUCACCUUCACCACUCUAAUCAACGGCUUUGUUCUCCACAAUCAAGUGCCUGAGGCUGCACGAAUUUUCACCAAAAUGCUGCAGGCAGGCGCAGGUCAUUGUCAGCCCAAUGUGUUUACUUUCACCACACUAAUUAAGGGCUUUUGCAAGAUGGGAAACAACAGUGCCGCCAUUCAAUUACUUGGGAAGAUGGAAGAAAGAGGAUGCCAGCCUGACAUUGUUUCCUAUAACACCAUCAUCGACAGUCUUUGCAAGGAUACACUAAUUGAUGAAGCAUUCAACCUCUUCUCAGAAAUGAUCAGUAGGGGUAUUGCUCCAGACCUCGUGACUUACAACUCUUUGAUUCACGGAGUCUGCAAACUAGGCCACUGGAAACAAGCUACGAGGUUGUUGAACGAAAUGGUGAGUAAAGGUAUCUUUCCAAAUGUCGUCACCUUCAAUGUCUUGGUUGAUACACUUUGCAAGGAAGGGAUGGUUGUGGAAGCCAAAACUGUGGUUCAAAUGAUGAUUCAAAGACAUAUUGAGCCUGACACGGUUACAUACAACUCACUUAUGUACGGUUACUGUUUGCGAGGAGAAAUGGACGAGGCAAGACAAGUUUUUGAUCUUAUGAUUAGCAAGGGCUCCAUGGUUGAUGUUUGGAGUUGUAACAUAUUGAUUAACGGAUAUUGCAAGGGUAAAAUGAUCGAUCAGGCUAACAAGAUUUUCAAGGAAAUGCAUCGCCUGGAGCUAGUUCCCAAUGCUGUUACUUAUACCACUCUUAUUGAUGGUCUUUGCAAAGCAGGUAGAAUUCAAGAAGCAGAAGAGUUGUUCUCUGAGAUGCAAGGUUGUGGCCGGCUUCCAAAUGUUCAAACUUAUGCUGUGAUACUUGAUGGCCUGUGUAACAACCAGCAACUUUCUACAGCUAUAGAAUUGCUUAGAGAGCUGGAAGCCAGAAAACUGGAACUCAAUAUUGUAAUUUAUAAUAUUAUUAUUGAAGGUUUGUGGAAAGCUGGAGAAGUUCAGUCUGCAAAAGAUCUUUUCUGUGCGUUGUCAUCAAAAGGACUUCAACCUGAUGUGUGGGCAUACAAUAUAAUGAUUGGUGGACUUUGUCAUCAUGGCUUAAUAAUUGAAGCAGAAAAGUUGCUGAGAGAAAUGGGAGGGAAAGGAUGUUCUCCAGAUGGUUGCACCUAUAACACCAUUAUCCGAGGUUUUAUCAAUAACAAGGAGACAUCAAGGGCUACCAGACUCAUUCAAGAAAUGCUUGAGAAGGGUUUCUCUGCAGAUGCAUCAACUAUGGAAUUGAUUGUUGAUUUAUUGUCGAAGGAUACAGUAGAUCCUGGUUUAUUAGCAUUGCUUAAAGAUUCAGCCUGAAGUUAUUUGAAUAUUUGAAAUAAAUCUUUAUCAAUAUCACUAGGACAUUUAGAAAUUCAAAACUGCUGCCCCUUUAGCUACCUUGGAUGUUUUGUCAAUCUGAUUUAUAAAUCCAUCAUCCAAACACAAUGUCAUUUCCUAGUUGCACUCCAAAUUUAGCACUUCUUUUUUCUGAAAUAUUAUGGGUGUGUGUGUGUGUCUAUAUAUAUAUAUAUAUAUAUAUAUAUUCCAGUCGUUGUGGUAUAAUCUGAAGGAUGUUCUGUCUUAUUACCUUUUUCAUAGUUCAGGUGUCCUGAUGAGAGCUUUAUCUGAAGGAUGUUGUGUCAUAUUACAUUAUCUAGCGCAGGGAAGGUAAUUAAAUCAGUAAUUGGAUUCAUCAGAGCUCCCAAAUCUCUACAGGAACUGAUAAUGAUACUGACGGAAUCGAAAGACAAAUUUAGACUUUUAGAGUCCAACUUAAUUAAGUGGCAGGGAAAUGCACUGUGGUGCAAGGUUGCAAAAGCAUUUCUCAGAUAGUAAAAGAAUGGCCUCAUACAAGUUGAAGAGUAUCAACUAAUCAUUGAACAGGAACUGGAAACUAACUAUACUUUCUUUUCUGAUCCACCAAUACAAACCAGUAGCGAAAACUCCGAGUCCCACAACUUCUUGGUGGUUAGCCUGUUGUUGCUGCUGUUGGCUCUUGUUGUAGCUUUUUGUUGGCCUGAAAUCCAAGUUUGUUGAGGCCUUGAAUUCAUUCUGGCAGAGGUACAGGCACGCGUUAAGGUGCACCAGAUUUGCACUUGAUUUCUAAGAACCAAGUUCGUAUUCAUGUUUUCUUACCCUAAACUGAUCGAAUACUUUGUAGUGAACAUGAUCGAAUACUUUAUGAACCUUCCUUAUAUUCAUGCUGCGAUCACAAAAUGACCAUUUUAAUUGAUCUCUGUAGUUUAUAUGGCUUU